AAUACUGUCAUGUCAAACUGGAGUCAAUUACCAACCGAAAUUUUGUCUAAGAUUUUCGGCAUUCUCGAUGCUAGUUGCCUUGACACUCUUCAACUUCAAGAGGGAGUUUCUCAGUGGAUGCUUGUUUGUAAGAACUGGUGUCGCAUUGCUCAAACUUUAUUAUAUGAGGAUAUCACCGUCCUGUCUAUCAAGCAACACGACACCUUUUUAACAUGCAUGAGUCAUUGCAGCACUGGCUUGAAUCAAUUAGUACGAUGUUUUAUGGCGAUUCCCGAAAUCACCAGUGUCAAAUUAGAAGAGGAUUUAGGUCUCAUUUUAAACGCAUUGCCCAACCUUCGGUAUCUCCAGGGUGGACCCCAAAAAGCAUCCUUCUUUACCAGACUCUUGUUUGAACUUUACACUUUCCCCAACAGACCCGUCCAAUUGCUUAAAAUACCAGGAUUUUCUCCGGAAUCGGAACAGGAUGCAAGAUCAUACCAAUAUGCUGUUUUGACCCUUAAGAAAACGCUCACAAGCAUGUUUUUACCCGAUUAUUGUAUACAACCCUACCGCAUAACCACUCCAUUAGAAGACUUUAAAAAUUUAUCACAACUCGAAGUCUGCGUCUCUAGUCUCUCCCAAAUGUAUGAUAUGGGCACAAUCGCUUCGAGAUGCCCAAACUUAAACAGCUUGUCCAUUUCACGCCAUGCCAGGUACAACCCAUCUGGGGAGGAUCAGAUUAAGGCAAUAGAUACAACCUGUGUACAAUCAGUGUAUCAUGUUGUUAGCCUAAGGAUCGACGCAAGCCUAGCUACUGCCAGCCAUAACAUCAUGUGUAUUCUCAUGAAGCUAUUUCCGCAGCUUGAAUCGUUGUAUAUGUAUUUUAACCCGGUUGCACCCACCUAUGGUGAAUAUGAACGCCAAAUUCAAAUGAUACCUGCCGAGCUUUGGGUACAAUUCUUGACCUAUGCAGACAAAAUAAGGGAAUUUUACGGUCGGGGUAUGUAUAUGGAUUGCUUAAAUCAGGUCUUGACGGAAACAUCAUACAACACCGGGCUCUGUAAAGAAAUCAAGGUAAGGUACAGCCAAGGUAACCCCGUAAAUAACUAUGGAUGGCUUCCUGUUUUAAAUAUUCAUUCCCUAACCAUGCACAACGUUGCUCAACAUGAAUACGUCAUGAUUGGAACCAUUGUAUCCUACACUACAAGUGGAAUCAGCGUACAUUUACCCCAUGCGGCUUUAAUUGAGAAAAUCGGCUUUCAAUUGGAACAUUUGACUAUGACUCUUAAUAGGGCAUUUGGACAUGGUGCUCCAUUCGGUCGAAUAACGGAUUACGAUAAAAAACCUUUUGGACACUUUAUCAAUCAUAUCUUUACGCAUUGUCCAGUUCUACGAGCAUUAGUUAUCACUGGCGCAGAAUUAUUAUAUUCUGACGAUGGUGAUAAGGAGGCGCCACCGUCUUUAAAAUUUCUUCACCUUCAAAAUUGUAUAAUUUAUCACCAGAUGGAUUUUCUGCUCAACUUAUCCCGUCGACUACCUUCCCGAUUAGAAUUUAUGGCCAUUGACGAGUGCAUUUUUUUUAAGAGAAGUGAUGACUUGACACCUCAUGUGGAAAUGCCAUUCACUGUGAUUGGUUGUCUGUUCUAUUCCAAAAAAAAACUGCCGGUGUCAAAGUACUCGAGGUUGGUGAUCAAGAUUACAAAGGUAUCACAAAAACCACUCUACUAUUGCCUGUAUGAUCAACACAAGUUGCAAAGUCUAUCAGGUCAGGAAGAGUUUGAAGUUUGCGCAAAGGACGAGGAAACCCAUGCAAUACAAAUUACUUGCGCCAAUGUAGAAAAAUUAUUGAUUCGAGUACUUGGGUCUCCAGUGCUCAUCUUUCCUAAAGAAAAGGUUGAAUAUAUGAAUGGUCAGCACUACAUAAAUUCAACUUCCGAGUUUUGGAAUGUUUUAAUAUAAGAUCCCCCUUUGUUUAAUGAAUAAUAAAAAAAAAAACUGGCAUCAAGAAGGACGGAACGUAUGAUCAGUCCAACUCGGUUUUAUUGUAAUCAAG